AUGUCCACCGAGCACAAAGUUGAGACAGAUAUUUUGACCCUCACCAGGUUUAUUCUGCAGAGCCAGAACAAGGUCGCAGAGGCGUCUGGUGACUUUACAUUGCUGCUGAAUGCGCUCCAGCUGUCUUUCAAGAUGAUUGCCUUUAACAUCCGUCGGUCUACGCUGGUCAAUUUGCUGGGUAUGUCCGGUACUUCCAACUCCACUGGCGACGACCAGAAGAAGCUCGAUGUCAUUGGCGAUGAAAUUUUCAUCAAUGCCAUGAAGGCCUCCAACAAGGUGCGGGUGGUUGUCUCUGAAGAGCAAGAGGACCUCAUUCUGCUUUCUGGCCAGGGCCGCUACGCGGUCGUGUGCGAUCCCAUUGACGGCUCGUCCAAUCUGGACGCCGGUGUUUCUGUCGGCACCAUUUUCGGCAUCUACCGCUUGCUCGAGGGCUCGCAGGGCUCCAUCAAGGACGUGCUGCGCUCCGGCAAGGAGCUUGUUUGCGCCGGCUACACCAUGUACGGUGCUUCUGCCAACCUUGUUAUCACCAUGGGUAACGGCCUCAACGGAUUCACCCUCGACGACUCCCUGGGCGAGUUCAUUCUCACCCACCCCAAUCUCAAAGUCCCGCACACUCGCAGCAUCUACUCUGUCAACGAGGGUAACACCGCCUACUGGUCUGAUGGCACUCGCGCGUACUUUGAGAGCCUCAAAUUCCCCAAGGACGGAAGCAAGCCCUACUCGGCCCGCUACAUUGGCUCCAUGGUUGCUGAUGUCCACCGCACCAUUCUGUACGGCGGCAUUUUCGCCUAUCCUGCUGACAAAAAGUCCAAAAAGGGCAAGCUGCGUUUGCUCUACGAGGGUUUCCCCAUGGCAAUGAUCAUUGAGCAAGCCGGCGGCGAGGCCAUCAACGACGACGGCACGCGCAUCCUCGACCUGGUCCCCGAGACCAUCCACGAGCGCUCCGGCGUCUGGCUGGGAUCCAAGGGCGAAAUUGAAAAGGCCCGUUCGUUUAUCGUCCCUAAAUAA